AUGGGGCAACAUAUAACUUUGCCUUGGAUGGUUAUCGGUGAUUUUAACAAGAUACUGACGGCUGCAGAAAAGAUGGGAGGCGCACUUGUUGAUAUGAGAAAAUGUCUGAGAUUCAAUAGAUGGAUUCAGGAUUGUGGUUUGCUGGACUUAGGAAGUGUUGGUCCAAAAUUCACAUGGCGCGGACAUGAGAGCAGAGGUUAUGGAAGAGUGCAUGAAAGGUUGGAUAGAGGGCUGGGUAAUCAACUAUGGAGAAUGCAAUUUCCAGCCAUGUGUGUUAGGGUGUUGCCCAGGGUAAAAUCUGAUCAUCAUCCUAUUCUUGUUGAGCUCUACUCCAGGGACAUGAAUACACUUAAACCAUGUCGCCCUUUUAAAUUUGAAGCGCAUGGACGUCUCACGAUAGUUUUACCAAAGAAAAUAGUUCUAGCCAGGCUUGAGGGCAUUCAAAAGGCUUUGUCUGAAGGAGGAAACCUAUUCUUGAACAAGUUCAAGAAAGUGUUAACCAAUGAGUAUAAUCAAAUUUUAGCUCAGGUGGAAGUCUUUUGGUACCAGAAGUCUAGGUGCCAAUGGAAGGCAAAACAGUUUGUAGAUUCAUUAUAA